UGAGCGAUGCGGGCUGCAGCUGUCACUGGCCUAGUAGCCACCGGGGUGUCUUGCUCGGAGAUGAUGACGAUGACGGAGCCGGUGAUCGGGAAAGCAGAGAGAGGCAGGGAGCAGAGCAGACGCCCAUUGACCAGCAGCCCAGACCGAAGUGGAGCGCAAUCGAAGCUCUUCGAGACUACAAAUGAUGUAUGACCUUGUCUUUACUAUUACAAUGGGGAAAUGAGCGUCCCAGCAGCGAAGCGAGCGAAUGUAUGCCACUAUUUCUCUCGCUCCUUUCCCACCUUCUCCUCUUUCACCCUCCUCCCUCCUCGCCCAUCGAUGCAAUUGCCGCUACGUUGGCGUCGACGAGGGCUCCUCCCUCUUUUGACCCAACCGCGUCGUCUUCCGCGUGGCUCCCCUCCUCCUCUUGGCCGUUUUCUGCGCUCUCAGCCAGCACCCUCCAGGCGUGACCUUGUCGCGGACUAAAACGCUCCUGUGCCCGCCUGGCAAGCCCCAU